AUGGAGAGAGGCGCACAUCAGCCGCAGCUGUCCAAAAGCGCACAGAGUCCGCCAGAGGACAUCUCCAAAAUCAGUGACGAGGAGCUGCUGAAGUGGGGCAAAGAGGAGCUGGUGCGGCGGCUGCGGAGGGCAGAGGCGGGGAACAGGAGCGCCAUCGUGGAGCACGGCAAUCUGAUGCGGGAGGUGAACCGGAGACUCCAGCAGCAUCUUAACGAGAUACGAAGCUUAAAGGACGUGAACCAGAAACUGCAGGAGGAUAACCAGGAGCUGCGGGACCUGUGCUGCUUCCUGGAUGAUGACCGGCAGAAGGGGAAGCGUGUGUCGCGGGAGUGGCAACGUCUGGGCCGCUACAGCGCGGGCCUGAUGAGGAAGGAGGUGGCCAUCUACUUGCAGAAGCUGAAAGAGCUGGAGCAACGGCAGCUGGAUGUCAUGCGGGAAAACCUGGAGCUCAAGGAGGUGUGCCUCAUGCUGGAGGAGGAGAGGGCCGCGGCCGUGGCUGGAGGAGGGGGAGUGGGAGGGGGAGGUGGUGGAGGUGUGGGUGGGCAUGGAGGCCCCGGCCGUAGGAGCUCCAUUGACAGUCAGAGCAGCUUGUCCCAGCUAGGUGGAAGUGUCCCAGCACCUGGCCUGCUGCGGGACGUCGGCGAUGGGAGCAGCACCUCCAGCGCGGGGAGUACCGAUAGCCCAGACAACCCCCACCUCAAACCCCCUCCCCUGGGCUCCAACUCCAGCCCUGGAUCCAGAGGUGUCUCCUCUGAGCACGCCCAGAAACCCGCCGAUGUGUGCGAAUCAACAGGCAGGAGGCACAGCUCCACCCCAGAGUACCACACCUUCCCCCAGUCCUGCCGCCCCCGCGGGGGGUCCCUCACUAACGCGGAACCCCGUGGCCUUCGGGGACACAGCCCGGAGAAACACAGCAAGUCCCCCACAAGGCUGCCAUGUGACUACCACCCUAAACCCUGCAGCUCUGACCUACUAGCCCACAAACAGCUAUUUAUGUCCGGGCAGGCGUCAGCAGGCUGUGGGAAGGGCACUGCCAAGUCCAGCCCAGAGCUGAGUCAGAGACACCGGUCGGUUACCAUGGGGCAAGGGUCAGGCUGUGGGAGUCCUGAGGCCAAGCUGGCAGGCAUGGGAACGCCUGAGCACCUGAGGAAAGGCCGGGUGAUUGUGGGUAGUCCAGAGUCUAUACGGCACCACCAUCACUAUCAUGGCUCCCCUGGCAGGGACGGGGUGCAGAGGAGGGCAGCGGAAGAGGAGAUGGCUCCCCACCACCAGAGUCUGUACAACGCUCUGAUAUCUGCCGGUUGCUGCACCAACUCCUGUAGGAGUGUAAAGCUUUGGGACAGCUUUGAUACCUCCUGACCAUGAUAUGCCUCUUGAUCAGAUGCUGCUGUUACAACACACACCCCAGAGAGAGGUUAUUAGCAGAAUGGAUGGAUGGGUGGAUGGAUUAAAGAAAGAGUGGAUCGAGAUAUAAAUGGAUGGAGAAAUUAUCAUGGAUUUCAAAACCAAGCAGUGAGGGUGAGGGAGCAGAUGAAUGAAACAAGGCGACAAAACACUGGAAACACUUAAACACUCUCUCUGCCCUGUCUGCUGCUGCUGCUAUGCAUUUCCCGUGGACUACCAGAAAAGACUGAAUGUCAUUGUUUGGACGGUCAGAGGCUAAUCAUUGUAUUGCCAAAAUGAAGAAAGAAAAAUAAGACAACUGAGA